AUGCUGCGCUUCUGCCCCCAGGUACCGCAUUGUAUACUGUUCCCACUGAUGUUACUCCCAUCACUGCUUAGCACAGGGAACUUCCUAUACAUGUACCCUGACUGGGAAAACUACCGUGGACUUGGCGUGGACUCCAGAACUUUCCAUCAUCAUGAAGACCAGAACAAAAGGCAUAUACGGCACCAAAGGAAUUCGAAUCAGGAACCAUGCCUGGCCACACCUGACAUCUACUUUGUUUUGGAUAAGUCUGAUCGCAUGGCGCGCGGCUGGCCCUACGUUUCCCAGUUUGUGGAGGAUAUGUUGCAGAGAUUAUCAAACCAGGAUCUGCGGGUGUCAUUCAUCUCCUUCUCCUGUAAAGGCAACAUCAUCUUGCCUAUCACUGGGAACAGAGAAGAAAUCAAGAAGGGUCUUCAAAGACUGAAGAACACUAUACCUGCAGGACAUGAAGAACUUUUCCAAGGAUUGUGGAAGGCAAAUAAACAGAUAAAAAAGGUCAACUCAGGAGGUGUCCACCGUCCCAGCAUGAUCAUCUCUGUACUCUUCAGCCCUUUGGAUGAUAUUACCUAUAAUUAUUCACUGGAAGAGGUUGAUAUCAUUCGGAAAAUGGGAACGACCAUUUACAGUGUGGGUCUGGGCCUAUCUGAGGAAGAUCAGAUAAAAGGACUGGCAGGGAAACCAGAAAAUGCAUUUCCAAAUAAGAAAGUUGAGGACAUGACGGACCUCAUUACCCCAUUAGCUUCCAAGAUCUGUCCAUCCCUUACAUCUUUAGAUACACGCUUUAUAUGUAUGAGAGAAUCAACCCCCGUGGUGCUUCGUGGAAAAGGCUUUGACUUUGCCAUGAGGAAAGAAGAUGUUAUUUGCAGGUUCCAUUUCAUGGACAUAAACAAGACUUUCACAGAUUUCAAAGCCUUCAAUUUAACCAACACGACUGUUACGUGUCCUGGGCCGAUUGUAGGUGAACCAGGAAAAAUGAUCCUUGUUGAACUCAGCCUGGACAAUGGAAAAAACUUCAUGAAUAAAAAUUUAUUCGUUGCCAGCAAAACAUGUGAUGUAUUUCUGGAGGUGGUGGCAUAUAACCUUUCCUUCUCACAGGGUGCAACUUUCCCACCUACAGUUAAACCCACCACUAGGAGACACACAACUCCAAGCACGACUAUCUCUACAACUACCACAACUCCAUCUAUCAAGACCACACCUACCAUAGCAACUCUACCGACAACUAAAAGCCCCACCACAGAAGUACUGAAGCCAAGCAUUGAUGGAUACAUUUUUGCUCCUAUAAUCCUGUUCCUGGUGCUGACUACAUUGCUGGCUGGUUGUUUCUGGCAGCUGUGCUGUCAUCGGCCUGUCGAGGAGGAGCUGCCUAAGCCAGAACCACAGCCCAGAGAGAAGAAACAGCCCCCUCCGCCAGCGUCUCUUCCGACACCCACACCGCCUGAGGACCCUUCCCCCAUUGUGAUCGUCUGCUGCUGUGAAUGUUGUUGUGUGUAUGUGAGCAGUGACACAGAGCCAAGAGUGCACCUGGGACCUGCCCCAAGCCUCCUGCUGUCAGUGCCACCAUCUCCUAGACAGCUGCUCCAGGUUGCAGAUGGUUCCCUGGGCUCCCAGAGCCCUGCUGUCACUCCCAUCUACGCCGUGGACCUCCGAGGAGCUGCAUAG